UCAACUUCACACAGGGGUUACCACACGAAAAGACGCGUUUAUUUAUUGUUAUCACCAAACCCUGCAGGGCAUCCUUUGGGGAAAGCGGAUCAUCGCGUGCAGAACAGCCAAUAGGCUUUUAAUCAAUGGAGCUAUUUGUGAGAGCACGCGAGCCGUUUUAGGUUAAAGAUAGCAGUUUGUGUGGGUUGCCGUUGGCUUCGGUGUUGUGAAAGUGACUGCAUAGAUUAAACAAGACCUGCCGUGCUUCAGCAACUGCGAGCCGACCGGCAGAGACAUCUCAGACCUCGUCUUGCAGAAUCUCAGUUGACCUAACAAGUUUUGUGGAGGACACUGGGAGGAACCAAUUUUUAAAAUGCCCGUGGCAACAUCCAGCUCUGACUCCGCCAUGCAUCAGGCCCUGGACACACUGAGUGACAGCACAAGCUCUACAACUGCCAAUGACCUGGACCUCAUCUUCCUCAAAGGCAUCAUGGAGAGUCCAGUGGCUCAUGAGCGAUUCGAGGAACCCAAGCUCGAGGCCGUGAGGGAGAACAAUGUGGAGCUGGUGCAGGACAUUCUCAAGGAGCUCAGCCCGCUCACACAGAGGAGCCAGGCAGCCGACGAGCUGGUCCGCAUCCUGAAAGAGCCCCACUUCCAGUCCCUCCUGGAGACCCAUGAUUCUGUGGCCUCCAAAAAUUAUGAGACUCCUCCUCCCAGCCCCUGUUCCUUCAUGGACGCAGCUCUCAACAACCAGCCUGUGCCCCCAGAUGCAGUCAGGAUGGUGGGGAUCCGUAAGGUGUCUGGUGAGCACCUGGGAGUGACGUUUCGAGUAGAGAGCGGCGAGCUGGUGAUAGCCAGAAUCCUCCACGGCGGCAUGAUCGACCAGCAAGGUCUGCUCCACGUGGGUGACAUCAUCAAGGAGGUGAACGGCAAGGAGGUGGGCAACGACCCCAAGGUGCUCCAGGAGAUGCUGAAGGAGGCCAGCGGCAGUGUGGUGCUGAAGAUCCUGCCCAGCUACCAGGAGCCACACACACCAAGACAGGCCUUUGUAAAGUGUCACUUUGACUACGACCCAUCUCAUGACAACCUGAUUCCCUGUAAGGAGGCAGGACUAAGCUUCAGCAGUGGAGAUAUUCUGCAGAUCUUUAACCAGGAGGACCUCAACUGGUGGCAGGCCUGUCACAUAGAGGGAGGCAGUGCAGGUCUAAUUCCAAGCCAGCUCCUGGAGGAGAAAAGGAAAGCGUUUGUGAAGAGAGAUCUGGAGCUCGCUACCACAGGUCCUCUGUGUGCUGGGAUGGGAGGCAAGAAGAAAAAAAAGAUGAUGUAUUUGACCACCAAGAAUGCAGAAUUCGAUCGCCAUGAGUUAAGGAUCUAUGAAGAAGUUGCCAAGGUCCCGCCCUUCAGGAGGAAGACACUGGUUCUGAUUGGUGCACAGGGCGUCGGCCGUCGCAGUCUGAAGAACAAGCUGUUGGUGUCAGAUCCCCAGCGGUAUGGCACCACCAUCCCCUUCACCUCCAGGAAACCAAAGGUGGAUGAGAGGGAUGGCCAGAUGUACUCCUUCAUGACCCGCAACGAAAUGGAGUGUGACAUUAAAAACGGCCGUUUCUUGGAGCAUGGCGAGUAUGACGGGAACCUGUAUGGGACGAAGAUCAACUCCAUACACGAGGUGAUAGAAACGGGAAAGAUCUGCAUCCUGGACGUCAACCCACAGGCUCUCAAAGUCCUGCGGACAUCAGAGUUCUUGCCCUAUGUUGUGUUCAUCGAAGCCCCAGAUUUUGAAGUUCUUAAGGCCAUGAAUCGGUCAGCAAUUGAGUCAGGGGUGGUCACAAAACAGUUAACGGACUCUGAACUAAAGAGGACGGUGGACGAGAGCGAGCGCAUUAAGAGAGCCUAUGGACAUUAUUUUGACCUUUGCAUCGUAAACGACGGCCUGGAGGCGGCUUUCCGAAAUCUGCGGUUGGCACUGGAGAAACUAUCAACGGAGCAGCAGUGGGUGCCUGUCAGCUGGGUCUUCUGAAAGUCACCAAGAGCUCACCAACAGGGUGCCAGAGCCGCAGGUCUAAGGUCGGAGGACGAUUUAACAUUUGCAGCUCCAGAGGGGCUGUGUCCAUGCAGUAAUUGGCGGCGGAGACCUAGUGUGAAGGGCCAAGCGUCGUGUUUCAGUGCAGAUGACCAGCCUCAUGUAGAGCAUUUUUUGUACAGACUUAGUGUUCCUCUGUUGAGCCUAACGUCAUGUUGUAUUUUUAUUUGUCAGAACUGGAAUAAUUCUGUUAUGUUGAGAAGGAUUUAGAGUUGAUUAUGAGGUUUAGUGCAAUAGUGUGAGUGAGUGCGUGUAUGUUAUCAUAAACGUGGAAAUAGACUUAGAUUAAUGCGUAUGUUUUGCAGAUCACAGUGCUCUGUUGGAGGUUUUCGUUGAAGGAUAUUAAACUUUUUAGCCUUUCCAAAUCUUAAAUACUUUAUGUAGUGUAAUGUUUACAUUGGAUCGGUAGGAUUAAUUGGUUAAGGAAAUAUACCAAAUGUCAUAUUUGUAUUAAAUUCUCUAUAUUUUGCCAUUUGAUCAUACAGUAUGAUUGUAUGUGUAUCUUGUCUUCACUCAUUUGAAAAAUGAACAGCAAUAGAUAAUUAUAAACAAAUGCAUAUACAUGCAAUACAUCUACUCACACACACUGAUUUAUGUACACACAAAAAAACACUGAGAGCAGUGGAAAACUGUCUUUUGUUGUGGCAUUUUGGAUUAAUCUUCCAGUCUCAGAUUGUUUUGUUUUGUUUUUUAAUGUUGGUUAUGUUGUACAUUUCCUGUCCUAUGCUGGUGAAUCUUUUGGUUUGUUUGACAGUGAGAAGAUCCAGCAGAUCGGUCACAGUGUCCAACUACUGCCUGCUUGGUUCUGUUGGAGUUGUAUUUGUAGCACUCAGAACACUUAAACCCUAGUUUAAAAAAAAUAAAUAAAUGAAGAAGUAGCCUACAGUAUGCACUGAUUGUAUAAUGAAGGCAAACAUAUUACUUAACAUUACAACUGAUGGAGAUUAUCACUUUUUUUGUUAGUUUUGUUUUGUUUUUUGAAGUACAACCAGUAAAAAUAUUUCAGUGGCUUCUUCAUACUUACUUUUGCCUUAACAUGGUUCAAAAGCCAAGGAAACACUACUAUUUUUUCAUCAUGGAACAUUUCACUUGUGUCACUGUACAUGUUCCUUCUUAGAAAAUAGGAAAAAAAAUAAUACUGGCAACUUAUUUAAUAUUUAUUUUAUUUUCCCUAAAACUUGUAAGUACUGUAUUGUAAUAAAGAGUAUAUAGUAUAACAGAGAAACACUUGGUGCUUUAAUGAUUCUGCCAGUGAGUAGAUGCAGUUGGACAAC